AUGUCGGAUUUGUUGAACAAAUACAGAGAGUCAAGAGCGAGUAAUGGGGUUUUAAGAUCAAGUCCGGCGAGGAGAGUUUCUUCACUAUAUCCAAAAUUAUCAUCAUUGGACAGAGACACUUCAGAUUAUUUAGAUCAUGAUCAUUAUAGAAGAACUUCAAGAUUAAGAAGUGAAGAACAUGAAAAUGAUAGAUCAUAUAGACCAACCACAACUUCAUCAAUAGCUGACAAAUACAAUUUUACAUCUCAACCAAGAAGAAGGACAACAUCAACAACAAACCCACAAGAAAGUUUUGCGACUAGAAAAAGGAGAUAUGAUUUAGAUGAUACUAAUAGUAAAACGACAGAGAGGAUUAGCGGUAAAUAUUUGGGGUCACCGAUAAGAUCAAUAAAUAAUACAAUACGAAGACGAGAUCCGUCAUAUACAAGAAGCUCAGUAAUUUCAGAUAAUUAUAGGAUAUCCAAACCAUCAACACCUUCACAUGGAAAUGGAUUUUUAUCAAAACUUGUUAAUUUCUUUACAGCUAAUGGAGACGAAGAAGAUCAAGCAGAAAGUUCAGAAUAUUUUUUAAAAUCACCGAAAAAAGUAUCAUUUGAUAAGAAAUUUGAUUUUGAUGAAGUUGAUGAAGUGAUUAAUAGAGGGAAAUUGAGAGAAAAGGAAGAAGAAUUGGAGAAAUAUAGAAUACUACAACGUGAUCAUCAAAAAUUAUUAACACAAUUGGAAAAUGAAAAUUACGAAAAAAAGAAAUUGAAUUCAGAAUUACAAAACCUUAAAAUUAAAAAUGAUGUUCUUGAAAAUGAUUUAUUUAAUAAAAAUGUUGAAAUAGAUCAAUUAGUUAAUAAGCAUAGACAAGAAUUAGAAAGAUUAAAUAAUGGAUUCGAAUUGGAAUAUAAAAAAUUACAAACACUAUAUAAUAAAAACUUGAAAGAAUUAGAAUCAACUAUUGAAAAAAACAACCAUCAACACGAACAAACAUCUAAUACUCAAAGACAAGAAAUUACAAAAUUAGAAAAUAAAAUACAUGAAUUGGAUGAAAAAUUAUUUGAUACAAAUUUUGAAUUAAAACAACAAACAAAAGAAUUAAAUUCACAAAUAUCAAGAAAUAAUUCAAUUCAAAUAGAAAUGUCAUUAAAAGAUCGUUUUAAAUCUUCAAAAGAAGAAGAAAUAAAUAAUUAUUAUUUAAAUUCAUCAAAAAUUGAUCAAGAAAUUAGAAAAUUACAAAAUAAAAUUGGAAAUAAUAAUGAUUUUCCUACUCAAUCAACAAUUUUUCAAAAAACUGAAAAUAAUAUAGAACAAAAUUUAAAAAUUUUAAAUGAAAUGAUUCAACAUUUAAAUUUUAAUCAAUUAGAUAAAUGUGAAAAUUAUUAUGAUAAAGCUUAUGAAUUUAUAAAUUCAAAUACUAAAGAAUUAGAAGACAUUAUAAAAAGUUUAAAACAAUCUUCAAAUCCAGAUUUAGAAUCAAUAUUAAUUGAAUAUUUAAAUUUAAAAAAAUUAAAUGAAUUAAAUUAUCAUCUAAGUGAUGUAAAAGAAUUAAUUAAUGAUUGUAAAAUAUUGAGAGAUUUUGUAAAAGAUUAUGAUUUAGAUACGGUAGAUUUAGCUGAGAUAUAUUGUAAAAUUAAAAGUGAAACACUAUAA